ACUACCGCGCCGUUCCGCCGGUGCUCCUCGGGGCGACCAGAGCCAUGGCUGCCCGCUUCCUCGGCGUGGCUGCGGCGCUGCUGCUGGUGCCUGCGAGCGGGCUCGCGGCGCAGUCGUUCCUGGGCAUGGGCGUCGUCGAGGACGACCUUUCGCCGGACCCCGCCGCGGCGGAGCUGUCGCAGGCCAACCGCGCCUGGCUUGACAAGGCGGCGAAGGCGAGCGAGUCUGUCGGCGCCAGAGAGGAGAUGGACGAGGAGCUGAAGACGGUCAUGUCGGACAUCGCCAGCACGGCUCGCAAGGAGGCCGACCCCAGGACCAGGAAGGAGCAGCAGCUCCAGAUGCUGGAGGACGUGCUGAAGGAGUACGACACCGAUAACGAGACCAGCAUCGACGAGACUUCUAGGCGCAUGGCGGCCAUCGCGUUCCGCAAGGCGAUCCGCAACCAUAUCAGGAGGCCCCACAGGAAGACCGCCAAGGCGGCCGAGGAGGCAGUCGACCCCAAGCUGGCCGAGGAGCUGAGCGCCUGGGUGCACGAGGCAAACAGAGCGAGCCACGACCUGGAGAAGGAGGCGAGCACCGAGGAGAGCGACCUCGGGCUGGAGAAGCCGAAGGGCGAGGAGGAAAAGACCCUGGACCGGGUCGCCGACCUCAUCGACGAGGUUGACCCCAAGAACGCGUCCGAGAUGGCCAACCUCGGAGACGCCCUGGCGCAGGAGAGGAGGCCGAAGCUGCUGCACCCCAGGGCGUCGCGCCGCGCGAGCCACCAGGAGCCGACUGGUGAGGAUGCGAAGAUGGUGGAGGCCAUGAGGGAGUGGGUACUGGAGGCCAACAAGGCUUCCCAGGACUUGGAGAAGGAUGCGCGCCACGAGGAAAGCGACCUCGGAGAUGCCAAGCCCAAGGGCGAGGAUGAGCAGAACCUGGAGAGGGUCGCGGAUCUCAUCGACGAGGUCGACCCCAAGAACGCGUCUGAGAUGGCUGACCUCGCUGACAAACUGGCCCAGGUCCAGAGGUGGCCAAAGCGCAAGGCCGCCCGCCAGGCGAGCCAGGACAUGUCGGAGGCCGAUUCAAAAGUGGUGGAGGCCAUCAAGACGUGGAUGGCCGAGGCCAGCAAGGCUUCCCACGAGUUGGAGAGGGAGGCGCGCCACGAGGAGAGCGACCUCGGGGACGCCAAGGGCAAGGGCGAGGAGGAGAAGACCCUGGAGAGGGUCGCGGAUCUCAUCGACGAGGUCGACCCCAAGAACGCGUCUGAGAUGGCUGACCUCGCUGACAAACUGGCCCAGGUCCAGAGGUGGCCAAAGCGCAAGGCUGCUCGCAAGUCGCACCACAUCACGUCAGUUAGCGAUGCGGACUCAAAGAUGGUGGAGGCCAUGAGGAGUUGGAUGUCCGAGGCCGUCAAGGCUUCCGAUGACUUGGAGAGGGAGGCGCGCCACGAGGAGAGCGACCUCGGGGACGCCAAGGCCAAGGGCGAGGAGGAGAAGACCCUGGAGAGGGUCGCGGAUCUCAUCGACGAGGUCGACCCCAAGAACGCGUCUGAGAUGGCUGACCUCGCUGACAAACUGGCCCAGGUCCAGAGGUGGCCAAAGCGCAAGCGCCAGGCGAGCCAGGACAUGUCAGAGGCGGGCUCCACGAUUGUGGAGGCGAUGAAGGUUUGGAUCGCCGAGGCCAACAAGGCUUCCCAGGACUUGGAGAGGGAGGCGCGCCACGAGGAGAGCGACCUCGGUGACGCCAAGGGCAAGGGCGAGGAGGAGAAGACCCUGGAGAGGGUCGCGGAUCUCAUCGACGAGGUCGACCCCAAGAAUGCGUCUGAGAUGGCUGACCUCGCUGACAAACUGGCCCAGGUCCAGAGGCGGCCAAAGCGUAAGGCCGCCCGCCAGGCGAGCCAGGACAUUUCUGAUACGGAUGCCAAGGUGGUGGAAGCGAUGAAGAAUUGGAUGGCCGAGGCCGCCAAGGCGUCCCAGGAAUUGGAGAAGGACGUGCGCCGGGAGGAGAGCGAUCUUGGGGAUGCCAAGCCCAAGGGCGAGGAGGAGAGGAACUUGGAUCGGGUUGCGGAUCUUAUCGACGAGGUCGAUCCCAAAAACGCGUCCGAGAUGGCCGACCUCGCGGACGAGUUGCACCAGAAGGCGAGGACUUUGGGCGGCGAGCUGAAGCCGAGGGCCGAGCCCGCGGGCGAGGCGGCGCAGGA